AAUGUGCGGUAGAAAAGUUUUUAUUUAUGGCAACAGCUCUAAGAACUUUUAAAUACCCUAUCUAUCUGAAAAGUGUAUUUUCGCUCUCUCGUCUGUGAAGUGUUUUUCAAAAUAACAAUGAUUUUGAAUCAUGUUAUGAGUAUACUGAAAAGGACAGCAUGUCCACAGAUUUCAGUCAGCUUAAGUAAGCAUACUUUGCCAGAUCUUCCAUAUGACUAUGGAGCAUUAGAACCUACCAUAUCAGCUGAAAUAAUGAAAUUGCAUCAUUCUAAGCAUCAUGCUGCUUAUGUUAACAAUCUGAAUAUUGCUGAAGAAAAGUUAGCUGAAGCUACUGCAAAAGGUGAUGUUGCAUCAGUUAUUUCUUUAGGACCUGCUCUUAAGUUCAAUGGAGGGGGCCAUUUGAAUCAUUCUAUUUUUUGGCAUAAUUUGUCUCCAUCUGGGGGUGAACCACAAGGUGACCUUCUUGAAGCUAUUAAGAAAGAUUUUCAAAGUUUAGAAACUAUGCAAAAUGUACUAAGUGCUGCUGCUGUUGGUGUUCAAGGAUCAGGUUGGGCAUGGUUAGGAUACAAUACCUGUACAGGCAGACUGCAGAUUGCUACUUGUGCUAAUCAAGAUCCAUUGCAGCCUACCACUGGGCUUGUGCCUUUAUUUGGAAUUGAUGUUUGGGAACAUGCUUAUUAUUUGCAAUAUAAGAAUGUGCGUCCAGAUUAUGUUAAAGCUAUAUGGAAAGUAGCAAAUUGGAAAGAUAUUUCAGAAAGAUUUUCUAAAGCAAAGAUUGCCAAAUGAAGAUUAUAUAGACUAUAUAAUUAGUUUUCGUUACAUGUUCAAAUUUCUGCUGCAAGCAGCAAAAUAAUCUCAGAUGAAUUAGGGAAUUUAUUUACUUUCCAAAACAAUACACACUCAAAAAUGUUAUGUAUGUUAUUUUUUUAGAAAAUACUUGUUUUCAAGAUAUACAUAUGUUACGUAAUUCGUAUAAUAAACUGAUAUGUAAACUGUA